AUGCUGACUGCCGCCGAAGCCGAGCGGCGCCGGCACGACAUCCGGGCCGAGUUUGCGCGCCGUGUCGAGUCAUGCCAGACACGGUAUCGUGUUGAGGCGGAGGCAAUCCUGCGUGCUAGGAAGCACCUGACGCCGCUGAGCAAGAUCAUUCGGGCACGGGAACUGCUCCGCGACAUCUACUUGCGCGAAACGGCGGAGCUCUCUGCCAUCUCGGCCGAACAGACCGAACGCCUGAGGGAGGUCGAUGCCGAGGCACCUCCCAUCGCGCUGGUGGAGGGCGCGACGCCGAGACCUGGUACCAGCUCCAGCGGAAGCGAUACUGGUGAGCAAAUCCACCCACAGCGCCGAACGCACGCGCAGCGGGGAGCUGAUAAGCGGUUCGUUCAGAAGCUAACAUCAGUCCGUGGACCCGCCUCACCCUCCGACCUCUGCUCGCCCAAGCCGCCAACAUCGGCCCUCGAAGCUGCGGAGAUGGACUACCUGAAGCUCCCCUCCCUACCCGAAAGCGUAGCCAGCGCAAAGCGCAAGACGCCAUCACCCGGCCAUUCUCCCGGCCAAUCACCAGAACAUCAGCGGCUUGCGGCCUGGUCCCCGAAGACAGACUAUGCGCCCGGCGCGCCGGUGAUUCCGCAUCUCGGCAACGCCGAGCCCGCUUUCAAGCGCCAGCGAAUCUCAGACGCGGCCCAGCGCGCCGUGCUCUUCGAGAGUUUGCUCAAGUUUGCGAGGGAUCUGACGGAUAAGGAGGAACACAAGGAGUUCCUGGACGAACUGCAGAAUGAGUUCGAGACUGUCAACCGUGACUGA